AUGAUUUCUUUCUCUAAAAUCAGCAGCUUUAAUUUAAAAAGACACCUUAAGAGAGUACAUGAUAAUCAAUAUUCAAAAAUUGAAAAUCAUAUCAAUAGUUAUAAUAAAAAAGAUAUUAGCCAAAAUAUAAAGUCUUCCUCUUCUGAGAAAAAACAGUCAAUAUUAAAUUUUAGUCAAAAAACAUAUGAACCUACAAAAACUGAAGGAGAUAAUGCAAUCAUUGAUUAUGUCAUUGAGACAUUAGUUCCUUUAUCAACUGUAGAUAAUCCUAGCUUUGUCAAAAUGAUAAAAACGUUUUCCCCUUCAGCAAAGGUAAUGUGCCGCCAAACACUAAUAGCAAAGAUAGGUUUGCGUUAUGAUAAAAUGAUGGAUAAUAUUAUAGAAAUGCUUUCUGGAGUAUCUUAUGUGUGUACCACAGCUGAUUGCUGGAGUGGAUUUAGAAGGUCUUUUUUGGGUGUAACUGCUCAUUGGAUUGACACAAAAUCAUUGCAAAGAAAAUCAGCAGCUUUAGCCCUAAGACGUGUUCAAGGCAAGCAUACUUUUGAUGUUUUGGCUAAGAUGAUAAUUGAUAUACAUAAAAGCUUUAAAAUUCAGAAUAAAGUGAUAAAAACCAUUACUGAUAAUGGUAGGAACUUUGUGAAGGCAUUCAGAAUGUUUGAAGAUAAAAGUUCUGAGAUUGAUGAUGAUUUCCAAUUUGUGGAUAUUGAUGAUAUCCUAAAUAAUAGGGCAGAAAGCUUUGAUUAUCUCCCUCAACAUUCAAGAUGUGCUUGUCACAAUCUUAAUUUGGUGGCAACAGUUGAUGCAGAGAAAGCUUUAGGGGAUAGAAGCUUUCAAAUAGUAUCUCAAAGUUUAUUCCAAAAGUGUCAAUCUUUGUGGAAUAAACAAAAUAUGUCUACAAAUAUGGCGGACGAAAUUAUCAGAAAGUUGGGUAAGUAUCUAAUAUGCCCAAAUUCCACUAGGUGGAAUUCGUAUUAUGAGUCUAUGGUUUUGCUAGAUAAAAUGUUAGAUGAAAAACAAAAGGACCUUGAUGAGUUGUGUGAUAACCAUGGGCUUAUACGUUUUAACUCCCAAGAACUUAAAUUUAUUAAAGAGUAUAGUCAAGUUAUGGAACCUAUGAAAAAAGCUCUGAAAAUUGAAGGGGAGCUUCAUAUGGACAUGGGUUUCCUAAGUCCUACCAUUUUUAAACUCAUUUCAAAAUUAAAUGAAUUAUCAGAUUUAGAGUUUUGCCAACCUCUUGUAAAGUCUCUCAUCAGCGGUAUUAAUAAAAGAUUUCCAAAUAUUUAUAAUGAUGAUAAUAUAAUUGCAGCGAUUGUCCAUCCUGCAUUUAAAUUGAAUUGGGAAUGGAUAAAAGAUCCAAAAAAUAUGGAACUAAAAGCCAGAUUAAUUAAUUUUUUAAGGAAACAAAUACCCGACGGAAAAAUAGCUACAACUAGUUCACGGGAACCUUGUAAUGAUUUGGAAGAUUUCUUUGGAUUCCAUGAAAUCGAUUACCAUGAAAAUAAUAUAUUGGAUAGAUAUUUUUUAAAUAAUGAUAGCAAAAUUACUAUUUUUGAACAAUUCCAUGAAUUAAAAAAUAUUUAUAUUAAAUACAAUACCCCGCUUCCCUCUAGUGCUCCUGUGGAGCGCCUAUUUAGUAUUGCAAAACAGGUCUUAGGGGAGAAGCGUGGGUGUUUGUUAGAUUCUAAUUUAGAAAAUUUAUUACUUUUAAAAGCUAAUAAAAGAUUAUAA